AUGGCUCGUUCCUCAGCAGCAGAGAAAAGCUUGGCCACCCUCUCGACCUCAGGAACGAUUGUACUCUUCACGCCUGUCAUUGCCAUCAAGCCUUCUUCUUCUACUUCUUCUUCUUCUUCCAGUAAAAACUCCGCAUCGAGCAACACAGACCCUUUUGAACUCCUCGGUCGUGCUCUCAGCCGAUAUCACAAGCGCAUUCGCCACGUGCCCUUUCACCCGAAUGUGGGGUUCACAGACACACACGACGCCUUCCUCAGCCAGGCCGAUGCCGUGAUCGUGGUCAUCUGCGAGCCUCAACACCACAAGACUGACAGUCUGGGCGAUCAGAUUGAGUUUGCAGAGAGUGCCAACGACGCCUUGAAGGAGAGCAGGGGUUCACGACCACUCAAACACCCUGUCACCUUGGUCCAAUGCGGCAACUCGGAAGGCAGCUGGUGGCCUGACAAUUCGGCUUUCGAGACGGUGUUGCAUUGCCGCACCAACGAUGUCGAAACCGCUCAGCACGUCGCCAGAAAGCUGUUUGAGGGAAGGAAGUGA